AUGGUCGCCGUCGUGAGCUUUGUUGUCAUCCCCACAUUAGCCGGAUGCCCUUACGCUCGAGAUGCCGGAGCCUCAGCUGACGAUCACCAUCAUUCUCACGUCCAGGGACUUCGUGGCUUCGUGUCAUCGCAACCGGCAGCUGGUCCCUGUUUGGCCGACUCAGAACCUAGAGCCGAAACAAAGGGCCUAUUCUUGAUGAACCGCAUUGCCCCAGGGAUUUCGCGGGUCUAUAUUGCCAACGCGGACGGCUCCAGCGAGCGUCUUCUGCUGAAAGACUCGAUAUAUGAGUACCACGCGUCGUUUUCUCCAGACGGAGAAUGGAUCACAUUCACAGGUGAACGAAACGGUGACGGAAACGCUGAUAUAUAUCGAGUGCGUCCAGAUGGGUCAGAUCUCCAACCCAUUCUCGAGUCACCAGCAGUGGAAGACGGUGUCGUUUUAUCGCCCAAUCGAACAUUCGCGGCAUAUGUCUCUACGGCAAACAGUUAUAUAGCCAACAUAUGGGUCAAGAACUUGAUUACGGGCGCCGCGUGGAACCUCACCGAUACACCCACCAACCGCCCGAACGAAAAAUUGAUGGCUGGUCACUUUCGUCCUGCGUGGUCGCCGAAUGGCGAAUGGAUCGCGUUUUCCUCGGAUCGCAACACAGCCUGGGAUGGUCAUGGACCGAUCACGUAUCGUGGUCUUGCUGGUUGGGAGCACACACAAGAGUUGGCGCUAUACGUGAUCAGGCCUGAUGGUUCCGAUCUUCGUCGCGCGGCGCACCGGCCUGGGUAUUCCCUCGGAUCGCCGAAAUGGUCUCCCGAUGGGAGACGCAUCGUGUUCUACGAAAUGACUCGGGAGGAAACAUGGAAUGCACACCGAUUCGAGCUUGUAGGGACUUCGAACUCGACCAUCGUCUCGAUUGGAUUCGACGGCAAGGACCGACGUACUGAAGUUGCCGGGCCUGGUAUCAAGACUUUUCCCCAGUACAUUACCAACGAUGUGAUCGGGUACCAUCUGAAAGGUGGCAGGAAAUGUGGUAUAUACUCUACCGAUGGCGCCUAUUACGACCUCACCGUCGGCUCUCCUUCUUGGUCUCCUGAUGGAAAAUAUAUUGUGUAUGAGAAGACGGGCUGGGCCCCACGCCCGCUGUACAAAAAGCUUUAUAGCUGGGACCCGGAAUGGGACUACCGAUUCACCGAUGUUUUGCCGCAGAUUUCUUCCAAAGGGAAGAUUGUCAUUACCGAGAAAUUCCUUGGUAAUUCUUCUAUUGUGACAUUCGACAAACAAGGGAAGAAUAUCUCACUCAUCUACGAUCCCAACAAAACAGGACUUGUGCGUGUCAGUGAAGUUCGAACCAGUCUGGCUGGCGCAUACAGCCCAAACUGGUCUCGAGAUGGUGAAUGGCUCGUGUUCGGAGCCGGCGCUUGGUUCGAAGAGCGAGGUGUAUAUGGAGGCUGGAUUGUGCGCUCAACAGAGAACGGCAACUACUCGGAGAUCCUCACCAGCAGCAACGACACGCUUGCCGGCGGAGACAAGAUCAACACUGGUUUCCCGAGCUUCUCUCACGAUGGCACAAAGAUCGUUUACCGGAUCUGGGGCCCUGAUACUAACCAAUAUGGCAAUAAGACACAGAUCGGUCUCCACGUCCUCGAUCUCGAAAGUAAACAAAUUACCCAGCUCACCAGCGACUGGGACAAUUUCCCUGCCUUCUCUCCAGAUGGGAAACAGAUCGUUUUCACCCGCAAGACCACCUCGACGAAUUACGACAUCUGCACGAUUCGCCCCGAUGGCUCUGACCUGCGCAUACUCACGAGCAGUGGUGCUAACGAUGCGCACGCCGUUUGGCGCCAGGAUGGAAAGAUAAUGUGGUCGACUGGAAUGUUCGGCUUUCAGAAUGAAUGUCCCUUGUACGAUAAUACCUUUCAGCCCUACAGUCAGAUUAUGCUCAUGGACUCGGAUGGCUCUAACAAGCGUCCUCUGACCAACUCUAUUUGGGAGGACUCUAUGCCCUUGUUUAUUCCCAGGAAUGGGUUCUGA